GUCGUGUUUCGACACAUUGAAAUGACACCUUCUGCUCUUUCACUGAUUCAUUGACCUCCUUCAAAGUCCCUCAAGAUAUUGUACCCUCUUUCCGCGGUUGCCAUAACACGACCUCUACACUAUGCCACCUGCUAACAAGUCCGACACUACCGGAAACUUACGCCGGGGAUUGGCGUGUCUAUCUUGCAGGAGAAGGAAGCUGAAAUGUGACGGUUUACGCCCUGUCUGUCAACAAUGUACCAAGAUGAAACGGCCGGAUGAGUGCCAAUACGACGAUAGCAAAAGGAAGAGCCGGACACAGAUGUUGCGGGAGAAAUUGUCUGCAUUGGAGGAGAGGGUUCGAGAGCUAGAAAGCGAAUCGGGCUCAUCUAAUUAUGGAGGGUCUCCAUCAAGUCUUAACUCUCCCCAGGUUUCCAACGAGGAGACAGGCGACGAUCGCGACCCCGGUUCAUCGAUAGCUCAUUCUCGUAGAGUGUCGGCCGUCACUGCAUCAUCAUCCGGCUCACCCCUGCUCUACUAUAAUGAUGAAUCCGAAGUGCCUGGCUGGGGAAAGGGCACUUCUUCGUCGGAGCCUUCAAUGUCUAUCCGACCAUCUCCUUUUCUUCCAGUUGCGCCUCUACCACCCUAUAGCAGAGGAAGAAGCCUCGAUAAUAUCCAAUCUUCUCUCAUACCAUCAGGGGAUACAAGCGAACCCGUUUCAUAUGAAAUGCACGCUUUCCUCAUUCAAACAUUCACAGCACAUCAAAAGCAAUGCUGUUUCUACGCCGAUUUAUCGCGAUUCAACAAAUUUCCUCUUUUGGGCCCUGAGCCACCGGUGGAUUCCCUUCCGGGCCUUCCCCAUCCUGCACUUACCAAUGCCGUAUAUUUGCUUGGAUGUCACUUCGCGCGUUCCGCACUCUGUUCGGAUCUUCAGCCGGGCUUCAUGAAACAAACAUUACAUGAGAUAGUUCAAUCCCUGCGCAAUCCAGAACCACUGAUUGAUGUCAUACAAGCAUCGUGUCUGCUAGCUCAAUAUUUCUACUUCAAUGGUCGGGCGAUUGAAGGCUACCGUCAUUCCUUUGCUGCGACCAGGAUGUCAGUGGGGCUUGGGUUACACCAAAUCAGGCCACCAGAUCUCCAGUCUGAAUUCGUUGAUGGUUCUAUGUCGCACGAUUGGGGCACAAUAGCGGACAGGAUAACGGUGUUUUGGCAGAUUUUCGUGGUGGAUAGACUUUGGUCUGCAGCUAAUGGUUUGAUUACGGCGCUGCCCGACGAGAAGUCGUCCUGUCGACGGAUAACGACCCCUUUGCCGACAACGGGUAGCUUCAUGCAGGACGGAGCCAAUAGCCCUGCCUCUGCCUUAUUUGACCUCCAGUCUGACCAUGUCCACUUCUCAAAUCUGACAAUCCCCGCUUUAAAAGCGAUGGCUGCCUGUUUAUUUGACAGAACGUCUCGAGUUCAUAGCUCGACGACGAAAGAUGGCGCUACAUGGGCUAAUCAUCGAUCAGCAAACGCUGCCUUGAGUCGCAUAAUACAUCUCCUGCCUCUAUUUCAAGGGGUGGAAGCGUGGCGCACAGAAGCCCCUUUUAUUGAUAUGGACAUAUAUGUUGUCCACAUGAUGAUAUAUGUGUCCACGAUUCACUUGCAACCCAUUGAAAGCAUGAACCUGAAAUUGGAAUGGGCGGCCAAUGGAAUUGUGGGUCUGGUGACCCUACUCCAUGAAGCGGAUUAUCCGUUUUUGGACCCCAUAGUUGCUCCCUUACACAGGUACCGUGAAAUUAUUAUCGCUCUAAUGCUGGCUCUAUUUAACCUGCUCAUUCUAGUCGAACUUUUACGAACCAUCGACGCAGAACGGAUGGAAUUCAUGCCACUGGGGCAGCCAUACGGAAUGAGUCCGCCACUGCAAUUUGUACCACAACCACUGCAGCUUGUGUCGCUUGUGUCAUAG